AUGCCCAUGAAGCGUGAGUGCUCAUUGUCAAUGUCUCGAUCUCCUAGUAUUGGUUCGCCCCAACUCGACCACUUUGCAACUCAUGGCUGGGUCUACGUCCAAAACGUCUUGUCGCCCUCCGAGUUGCGCGUGCUGCAGACUGAAAGCAGUGCCCUCUAUUCUUGUCAGUCCGCUGAGUCUAUCGUUGCCCAGGGUUGUGUCGUCGACGUCCUCGCACAAUGUCCGAUGAGAGAUUCUGAUAGAGCACGAAUCGAAUCCAACUGCUACUUGGAAGCUCGAUCGAAGAACAAAAGCGUCGCGGACCAACGAGUGUUUGGCUCGUUGCUGUUCGAGAAACUGCCGACGAUUGCAGGAAAAAUGCUGGCAGCUUUUGACAAGUCCGAGGUGGCGACGGACAUGUUCUUUUUUAAUGAACACUAUGUUAUAAAGCCUCCAAAGAGCCACGUGGAAUUUCGUUGGCAUCGAGACGACGACGAACAACUUGCCAUGUGUGUACAUCGAGAGUCUAUCCACACCUAUGUAUCGGUGUGGUGUGCUUUAGACGAUGUAACGACAGUCAAUGGUCCACUUCGGUUCGUGUCGCUGAAUGUGUUGCCGGAAUCGGAUAAGGACAAUGUUGAAAGCCGAAAGCUUCAUGCGAGUGGUCCAGUGACUGCUGCAGCUGGGGACGUGGUGUUCUUUCUGUCGAACGUGUGGCAUUGCUCAUCAAGUAACGAGUCAAACAGUUUUCGUCGUGCUUUCUACGCCCAGUACUCAAGAGACACGAUCACGUCUCGACCAAAGGACCCAUCGCCACUGAGUUUUGCCAUCCCGUGCAUAACGGCGAGUGCUGCUUCGGCCAUAAAUGGAUUCACUGAAGGAAGCGCCACAAAGUCUAAGCAUUUAAAGCUGUAA